UGCUGGCCUGGAAAAAGAAAAGCAAAUUAAGAGGGCUUAGGAUCAUUUUCUUGUUUCCUUAAUUCCUUGCUCAGAUGGAGUCCUUAAAGGGUGAAGAAGUAAAGUGCGUGUGGGUUCAGGGCCCUAUCAUCGUAGGAGCAGGACCCUCAGGGCUAGCCGUGGCCGCGUGCCUCUCCCACCAUGGAGUGCCCUACGUCAUUCUCGAGAGGAGCCACUGCAUCACCUCCCUCUGGCAACACAGAACCUACGACCGUCUCAAACUCCACCUCCCCAAACACUUCUGCGAACUCCCCCUGAUGCCCUUCCCCCUCCAUUUCCCAAAAUACCCCUCCAAGAACCAGUUCAUCUCCUACCUCAACUCCUACGCUUCUCGCUUCAACAUCCGCCCCAGGUUCAACCAAUCCGUUCAGACCGCCGAGUUCGACCCUUCUUCUCAGCUUUGGCUCGUCAGAACCAACGGUUUUCAGUACAUUUCCCCGUGGCUCGUCGUUGCUACCGGAGAGAAUGCUGAGCCUGUUGUUCCCUCCAUUUCUGGCAUGGACAUGUUUCACGGUCCCAUUGUUCACACCAGCGUCUACAAAUCUGGUUCUGAUUACAAUAACCAGAGGGUCUUGGUCAUUGGCUGCGGCAACUCCGGUAUGGAAGUUAGCUUGGAUCUUUGCCGCCACAACGCCAACCCUUACAUGGUUGCAAGAAACACAGUACAUGUUUUGCCUAGAGAGAUGUUUGGGUUUUCGACGUUUGGAAUAGCUAUGGCUCUCUUGAAAUGGCUUCCAAUAAAGGUAGUAGACAAGUUGGUUUUGGCGGCGGCUAGGUUAAUGUUGGGUGACACCGCUCGUUAUGGCGUUAGGAGGCCCAAAACGGGGCCUAUAGAGCUCAAACUAGUAACCGGGAAAACCCCUGUGCUUGAUGUUGGACAAGUGGCUCAAAUAAGAUCCGGUAACAUAAAGGUGAUGGAAGGUGUGAAGGAGAUAACAAGAAAUGGUGCCAAGUUUAUGGAUGGACAAGAAAAGGAGUUCAGCGCUAUAAUAUUGGCAACGGGAUACAAAAGCAACGUGCCCACUUGGCUUAAGAGCUGUGAAUCUUUCACCAAAGACGGAAUGCCGAAAACUCCGUUUCCAAUGGGUUGGAAGGGAGAGAACGGAUUAUAUACAGUGGGGUUCACGAGAAGAGGUCUUCUUGGAACUGCAUCAGAUGCCGUAAAAAUUGCUAAAGACAUCGCUGAUCAAUGGAUGACCGUUAAGGACAAAUCAUACCGUAAUUCCCACAUCAUCUUGCUCAAGAGUACAUAGGAUCACGUGCGUAAUCUUGUAAUAUUGUCCUGGAUAUUUUUUUUUCUACCUCUUUACAGAGGUUUUUUAUUUUUAUUUUUUUGUGUAUGUACAAUUUUGUAUUUUCAGUUCAGCAGCAUUCUUGUGUCUAAACUUUUCACCUAUUGGCUUCGUUUGAAACAGUUGCGUAAAUGAAAUGCUAUCUUUGUUCAAAGAAAGGACAACAAACUGGUAGGUUAUGGGUAUGCCUCUAUGAGGCAUGAUAUUCUUGCCUAUCAUUUUUUA